CCGAAUUUCUUUAAUCCCUAAUUUCCACUUUUUACUGAGGUAGCAAUUUUAAAGUGAGAGUCGGACUCGAUAGUGUUGUCAUUCUGUUCAAAUAGUUUCAGAAAAUGUCGGAAGAGGAGAAAUUCAGAGAUCGUGUCAUCUCGAAUCUCAGGGCUUGCCUCAUUUCAGCCCAAGGAGGGAUCCUAAGCUCAAGACUGAAUAGUGAUUAUCAGCAGCUUCUCGGGGAAAAUAUCCCUUAUAAACAAUUGGGCUUCAAAAGCUUGGAAAGUUUUUUAGAGUCUCUCCCUGACAUUUCGAUCAGACAUAAAAAUGGGGAAAUGUUCGUUGAGGCUGUCGCAUCUGCAAACAGCCAACACAUAACAAAACUGGUCGAGAGACAGAAAAAAUCGUCAAAAAAAUCUUCAAGAAAAAGAGUGCCACCUGUUAGAAGGAGUAAUUCUAUGUGGCAACCACCACGGUAUAGGGGCCCUCCUCCAAAAUUAGUACAUAAACCAAGGCAAAGCCUUAUCCAACUUGCAGCAUUGCCACCACAAAAUACAAAGUUGUUUAUGACAUUAGGUGUUGGGAGAGAAAUUCAGAAUCGAAAACCAUCCCUGAAAUUUCCUACAAAUUUAAAAAGCAAUCAUAAUAGCAAUUCAACAACUUUAGUGAAACCACAACAGAAACAAACCAAUGGAAAGUCGUCCACUCCUUUUAUUUUCUCAAACCAAGCAAAAAUAGAUUGCCGGCCUCAAAGUGAAAGUAAAUCACCGUUAUUAGAUGAUCUGGGCUGUCAAACUCAAUUAGAUGUAAAUAAAGGUUCUUUGAAAGUUGAGGUCUCGUUACCAACUCCAAAAGUCCAAAUUAAUCUAGAUUCUGAAUCCUUUAAAACCCAGACUAGAAGCUCUGCUCAACAAAGGUUGACAGCAGAGAAGAAAAAAGAUACCACAAAGAUGAAUUAUCCUUCACACAAAGCCAAAAAGAAUACUCAAAAUGCAUCAAAGUACAGCCAGUCGUUUUCUCUGGUCACAGUUCCGACAAAUUUCGACGACAAAUCAUACGUAAACAGGCUCAUUGCUUAUGCACAUAAGAACUCGUGGCCUACUCCAGAAUUUUACGUUUUGAACAGAAAGACUGUUGAAGGUACUAGCAAGGUCAUUUGCAGGACAAGUAUUAUCUGCUGUCCAGUUGGCGAAUCACUGGUGCGGGAGUGUUACGAGUACUCAACUUAUCCGAAUGAGUUUUCCGACACGAAAGAGGCGUUGGAGUAUGUCGCCGCAAAGGCGUAUAACAGCCUGUUGACAAAAAAUGCCAUUCAGCUCCCCGAGACUCAAGACCACCGAAUUAUAAUUGACAGAAUAGCACAAAUUGUGAGCGGACGUAAUUACGGCGUAUGGGCAUUCCAAAUAAUAGCUGACUACGAAACGCUGUAUGGUGAAUCUCUUCCGAUCGCGUUAGCCGACAUACUGAAGAAUAGCGGUGUCUUAGAAGUUACAAAAUUGUCCGACGCCCAGUUUAUCGUCUAUGAUAAAGUCCACGAAUCAAAGAAACCAAAACAAGAAGUACAACUUUUACCACAAUUAGUUCUCCCCGAAGAAGAAAUCUGGGAAGUAUUUGUUACCAGGGUGUGCAGUAUGAAUCGAAUUGUGAUUCGAUUGAUUGGACCGGAGUAUUCAGCGCAGUAUGAGAACCUAGCGACUGAGAUGGAAGCGUUCUACAUGACCCGGCAUCUUCCACCUACGAACAUACUCGAAGUCGGCAGAUACUACAUACACAUAGACUCCGAGACUUGCUCGCGUGUUAUGCUUAUGGAGAUGCUAAGUGAGGACCGACCCAGGGUUUUAUUCAUAGACCAUGGUGACUCGGAAAUUGUUGCAAGAUCUUCCCUUCAUGUUAUUAAAAGUGACUAUCUUAAUCUACCAGGACAGGCCAUUGAGGUUUAUUUAGCUGAUUUGGAACAAUAUGUGUUUAAAGAUCCUCCCUACAAAUAUUCGACAAUAGAAGAUAUUAUUGGGAAAUCGUAUGUCGCUGUAGUUACUUCUCGCUAUCCCAUUUCAAUUAUCUUGAACGAUACUUCAGGCGAUACUGAUAUAAACAUCAACGAACUGGUGCAGAACGAAAUAAAUUCAAGCUUUGCGGCACCUCAGCUUCAUGAAGUUAGUCAAGUUGUUGAAUUGAUUGUGGCCAGUGUCACUUCCGAAGGAGAUGUUUUUGUCAACGUCCCUUCAGAGACGUUCAAUUGUUUACAAGAAAAAUUGGAAAUAAUCGACAACGGUGAUCUAGAAGUAAACGACAUCACAGCGAUUGAUCAGCUCAAUAAUAACUCCAGAGUUUAUUUUGUAAGAGGAGAGAGAGCACAGAGGGUUCUCAUCAGCAAAAUAAUUUCCAUAAAUGAGGUGGAAGUCAAUCUAAUCGAUCUUGGGAUUACAGAACAAGUGAAAAUACAACAACUCUUUUGUGUUCCUGAUUUGAACAACAUAUUUUUGAAUAUCCCUCCUCAGGCGUUGAAAGUAAGGUUGAAUGAUGUCAGUCCGAGCAUAUUAAAGAACAAGAUUGGUUUACUACAAGAACUCCUUCCAAGCUUUUCAAAAGCUAUUGCUAAAGUAGUAAGAGUUGACAAAUUGCCUUACGUUGAACUUUUCAAGAGAUCCUAUCCAGGAAACGCCCUUAUUUCUGUCAACCAAACCAUUGUUUUUGAAGACCAGUUGAAACCAAAUGACAAUUACAUUGCACUGUUGGAGAAGUUGUCCAUUGAAGAUGAAGAAAGUGAUAUUCGAAUGGAAGAAGAAAAGUAUGGUUUGAAACGUCCUUCACUUCCAAAGAUGGGAGAAAGAUAUUUUGAUAUACUCGUGAUUGAUUGCGCCCAUCCGACUAAUUUUACGGUUCAACCUGUAAAAUAUUUACAGGAGUUGAACUUAUUAAUGGACCAAAUGAAGGUAUACUACGAAGUGUAUAAGAAGACGAAUUUUCAAUGGAAAAGCGGUGACCUUUGCGUUGUGCCGAGCAAGCAGGACGACGGGUUUUGGUACAGAGCGUACGUGGUGCAAAUUAUAGACAGCAACCAUGCCUCAGUGAAGUACUUCGAUUACGGCAACAUGGAUGUUUUCCCCAUCUACGCACUCCGAAUACUGGAAGACCAGUUUAAAAAACUGCCUUUUGUCGGACUCAACGCCAAAUUACAAGGGAUUGUCCCAAAACACAAAGACUGGAAUUGGGACGACUGCAUCAGGAUACGAGAUCUCCUAAAUUACAAGAAGUUCUUUUCGGUGAUCAAAGGUAUCAAAACAGACCCGGCCAACACAUUUUCUACGCUCUCACUCGAGAUAAUCGACACUUCAUCCGAAACAGACAUCGACAUCGCGCAUCAGCUCGUCCUGGAGGGAAGGGCUUGCUACGCCUAAAAUCUAGAAACUCAUUGGACACCGGAAAUGUGAACAUUUUUAUAUAAUAUAUUUUAUCAAAAAGUUUUUAAAGGUUUAUAUUUUUUUAACUUUCCAUAAGUAUAAAAGAAGCCAAAGAAUUAUAAUUCUAAGGGCUGUGAUUUAUAAAAGGCUUAUAGUUCAUGUACUGAGUUAAACAUUCAUUUCGCAUUCCUAAAAAAAGAGUCUCGUUAUGAAUUUAUUUGACUUCACAAAAACACUUAAAUAUUUGACACUUUUUAUUUUUAUUAUUAUAUAUUAAGAAAGGGGUAUCUUUUUAUUUAAUAAAGACCUGUAAGUUAUUGAAUUUUCAGUAUUAAAAUGUAUUUAUUUAUACUUGGUUUUUUGAAUAUAAAUAUAUAUUUUUAUUAUUUUUUUGUUGGUGCCAUUUAAAAAUGUGUUAAUUUAACAAUGCUCAUGCUAUUUAAUGAGGUUACAUGUUUUGAAUAAUGUGAAAUAUAAGUUUAUAUUAUUAA